ACCGCCCCAAUCUCAUCUCACAGCCACCGCACACAGCACAACCGUUGCUAAUUAACUUAUAAAGAGUAUCCAUAUAACCAUUCAUGAAAAAUGGCUCCCAAAGAGAAGAGCAACGCUGCCACUGAUCUCAAGAAAAGUAGCGGCUAUAAUGAUAAGAAGGAGAUGCAUUACAGAGGAGUCAGAAAGAGGCCGUGGGGUCGUUACGCUGCCGAGAUACGGGAUCCGGGAAAGAAGAGCCGGGUCUGGUUAGGCACUUUUGACACGGCUGAAGAAGCAGCAAGAGCCUAUGACAAGGCGGCGCGUGAGUUCCGCGGUUCUAAGGCCAAGACUAACUUUCCCCCUCCAAGCGAAAUAACACCAAUUAACACCAAGGUCGUUAACUAUACUGAUAACCAGAGUCCUAGCCAGAGUAGCACAGUUGAGUCCUCGAGUCCACCGGCAGCGCGUGAGCUCUCACGCGAUCUUAUGGAAAGGUUUCCGUUUGUUUAUCAGCAGCAGAAAGCAGUGGGUACGAUUUGGUUUUUGGACGGAAAUAUUAGGCCCGAAUUUGUGACUCACCGAUUCCCUGUUCGGUUUGAGCCAGUGGGGGUUGAGUUCAAUGAUGGAUUAAUGAGUGGAGGAACUCAGAGUGACUCGGACUCGUCGUCUGUCGUGGAUGGAAAACCAGCAAGGGAUUUCGAUCUAAAUCUUCUUCCAUCAGAGGAGGAAGAAGCUUGAAUUUUUUUUUUUAACUCCUUAUAUUAAAUAUUUUUGUCAGGCAAAUAAUUUUAUCAGGAUUAACAAAUGCUCUUAAUUAUCAUUAGAUUAAAAUGUAAAUCAUAAGUUAGGAAUUAGGAUCAAGUUCUUUUUGCAACUGAGAGAAAUAAUAAUAAUUUCUCUUUUGAGUUGUUUCUUUUUGUAAUAAUCUCAUAUCCACAGAUUUUUUU